AUGGCAGCGUCAACAGUUCAAACGGUCGAGCCGGUGACAUAUCGCUUGAAGGGUGAAGCCAAGCCCGAGGAGAUCACCUAUGGAUUCUUGAGAAGCAAGAUCCCUGCUCAUUGCUUUGAGCGCUCUGCGAUCAAGUCCUUCGCCUACCUUGCCCGUGAUAUCCUCUACUCUUCUGUGCUCGUCUACGCAGCUCUUCAUAUCGAUCUCUUGCCGACUACCACACAGCGGGUCUGUGCUUGGACUGCCUAUACUUUCCUUCAGGGCUGCGUCGGCGUUGGAAUGUGGAUUAUCGGCCAUGAGUGCGGUCAUGGUGCUUUCUCUGCGUUCCCCAUGCUGAAUGACGUUGUUGGCUGGGCUAUUCACUCCCUGCUUAUGGUGCCGUACUUCUCGUGGAAGAUCACUCACGCGAGACACCACCGUUACCAUUGCCACAUCGAUAAAGACACCGCCUUCGUUCCCCCCACUGAUGAGGACAGCAAGAUCGGGGAGCCUACCAUGCUGGAGAAGGCCAAGGAGCUGUUCGAGGAGACUCCCUUUUACAACGCGGUUGCUCUUCUGUCACAACAGAUCUUUGGAUGGCAAUUUCAUCUGAUGUUCAAUAUCAGCGCUGGAAACAAGAGUAUGCCUGAGAAGGCAACCAGCCCCAAGCCGUUUCGUAACAGCCACUUUGACCCUCUCGGUUCCCUGUUCACCGACUCCCAGGCUCACCUUAUUGCCAUCACUGAUAUUGGCCUUCUGAUUGUCGGUGGUACGCUCUACUACCUGGGCACUCAGAUUGGAGCUUGGAAGAUUGCGCUGCUCUAUGUUGUGCCCUACUUCUGGGUUCACCACUGGCUUGUUGCCAUUACCUACCUGCACCACACUCACCCGUCCGUGCCGCACUAUGAUGCGAAUACGUGGACCUUCAUGAAGGGUGCUCUCUCCACCGUCGACCGUCGCUUCGGCUUCAUCGGUCGUCACUUAUUCCAUGAGAUCAUCGACUACCACGUUAUUCACCACCUGUGCCCCAAGAUCCCCUUCUACCAUGCUGAGGAGGCCACCAAUGCAAUUGUCCCCUAUCUCGGAGAACAGUAUCAUCUCGACGAGGGACAUUUCCUCAAGUCAUUGGUCGACACCUUCGCCUCCUGCAAGGUUGUCUCCGAUGUCAACUCGGAUGGUGUGCUGCACUGGAAGCUCCCCAAGAAUGGAUCCAAGAAGCAAAACUAG